AGCAUUAAAAGGAAGUCCGUCGCCUUCUAUUUUCUUCUUUAGACUUAUGUACGUACCGCACGACGUACAGUUGUACCUGCUCCUGAGGGUUGCAUACCUUGACCGAGCAGACACAGGCAUCGACCGAAAGCCUCCAGGGUGACUCGGCGGGCUAUCUUGCCACGCAUGAUACAAAAAAGGCUUCUGUGGUGCAUGCAUUGACACCCACUACGACCCCACCCCUUCAACCCUCUCUCCCCUCGCAGGGCACCACCCAGUGGCUGACCAUCUACACGGCGACCACAGCGGACGUGCUGACGUGCCCCGGGUGGAACUACUUUGAGGCACCACCUGAGACGGUGCAGACCCAGAUGGCGCUGGAUGCCUACAAAGCGGAUGAAGUGGUUGCCGUGAAGGUCAAUGUCAAUGGCACAGAUGUGGCAGACAAAACCGAGCUGCCGGUGGUGGCGUCUCUUGGGCUGCACCUCUACGACGACUUUGUGAUCUCCGGUUCCUCAGGACCCAGCCCACCACCGCUGCCCCCAAGGUCUCCACGGCCACCAAGCCCACCGCCUCCGCUCGCUCUAGCUUCUACAACCACUCGCAGGCUCACCUCAUCACUGACGCCGACAUCACCUUCAAAGCCCACACACUCAUGGCAUCUCCAUCCUCCUUCCCCAGCACCGGACGUCGUGGUUUGGGCAACCUCCGCAACCUGCUAUGAUAACAGCUCAACGUCGGGCGCCAUACUGAAGCGCAUGGUGGGGCCUCCUAGUGCCAAAGUCCUCGCCAUCAAGGCAUGCAAGGCAACGACAACCUUGGGCUGGGUUCCAUCUAUGAAGAGUCCAAGCUAUGCUGUUGCCAACUUCAACGUUAGCCCCCUCGUCAUUGCCAACCGUGUGGAGAGUGUUGAUGUGUACCUUCUCAGCCGCGGCACUUCAAACCACGGCAUUACCUCCAUCGACAUCCAGUUGAUGGCAACUGCCGAGGGAGUGAGUCACUGGACAACCAUCUACACAGCCAGUGCGGCAGAUCGUCUCGUAUGCCCGGGCAUUAAACGCUUUCCUGUGAAGGGCGGCGCUGCGCAGUUGCCCAUUACACAGGAGGUACUCGGCGCGGCUCAGGUGGCGGCUGUGAAAAUACACGUUAACGGCACUGGCGUUGCCGACAAGAGCCAGUUGCCAAUUGUAGCCGCAGUCGGGCUCAAUCUUGGCGAUGGCACGGCCUAAUUCAGUAAUUGUGGUAGCAGCAGUAGUAGUAGACAAAUUGUGGAGCCUCUCAUAUCCGUUACAGUGCGCCGCCGUGAGUCGUACGUCAAGGUUGAAAUCGGAUGCCAUGUAUAUGCCAUAUGGGUUUCUGGAUGUUUUACCCAGUUGAUGCGCAUUAGGAAGACGCCUGCAUAAGCGGUUUCCAUAAGUAAGGUAUCACUUCCUGAGCUGCUGUGUUUACCUUUUGUCUCCGGAAAUGCCGGAAGUCGCUUCCUCUUGACAGAUUUGUCAGCAGCAGGCUGUUAUUAUCUGUGCUUUCCAUUCGCUACCUGAUAAGGUGCUUUGGCUAACUUUACAAGGUGCAGGAUGCAAGAAAAGUGCAUUCUUGCGGGGUAGGUGCAGUCGUAUUAUUUCCCUCCAUAUUUCCGUGUCUUUAGCAGAACCGGGAGUAGGAUGCUGGGAGAUGAGCGUCGGUGCGCAUGCAGCAAGUCCACUAUACACGAGUGGAUGGGGGGAUAGUGUUGGAGUGGGGUGAUACGGAUUGCCAAUGCAACCCGCUUGACAAUGGUCUAUCAUCCCUAGGUUUGCUCGGGUUGUGACCAUGUGGCAGAAGGGGACGGUUCAUACACGAUGUCCACCCAUUAUUUGGCGGGACUUGCGUUUCCAAGCAGCUGCGUGCGUUGGUUGAUUGUGGAAAACCGCGAAUAUUUCGGGCGCUUACCCGGCUCAGUAUGGUGGUACGUACGUAUGUAGACCGUUAUGUUGGAAUUGCUCGACACACCACCAUCGGACAAUGAAUGCUUGCAGAGUCAGGAAUCCCUGCAUUGCAGCUAACCUAUGCCUGUGCAGAAGAGUCUUCAGGUUUUAGACUUUAGCUGCCACGUUUGUGUGUUUGAGUGUUGCUGUGGUGUCAAGUGCCGUAAUAUCAGGGGGCUCGCUCAAUUACGAAGCAAUGACUUGCUUGUUUGUCUUCUAUGCAAUGUUUGCUGAAAUUAGUAGAAAUUAGUAGUAGCCAGAAACUGGCGGUUUAUCCUAGCGGGAACGCCUAGGUGAUGUUGUGAUUUCAUAUAUCCAUUUUUUGCCAAGUCCUCGGAUGUGGGGAACGUGUGGGCAAGCCCAGGGGUCUCUCACCUCGAAGAAUUGUUCAGUUUGUAUUCGUGCGUGCGUGGUGGUGCAAAAAACCGCUGGGCGCCGAGCUUGUUAGGAAAAGUCGUCAUAAGCAGUAAACGCAUGACGAAGACCACAUAGCAGCAGCAUGGCAUGUGUGUGCGCGCGUGACGACAAAUUGUGGCGGAUCUGUGCAGUCGGAGGAACAGUUCUGCCCUCUGCCGGCAGGGUGGAGGUGCCUUCGCAAGCAAGUGGCCGCUGUUGUAUGGGCAGGCGGGAAUGCCUGCGUGCAUGGAUGCAAGUGCAAUGGCGGCAGGAUGGCGGUUCCCCCGCGCAUGGGUGCCGGUUUUGGAAAGUAUGGGCAGCCCGCGUGUUUGUGCCUUCUAGUUCGCGGUGUGUGCUACGCUCACUGCAGCGGAAGGGUGUCGUUAGUGCAAUAUUUACUGCCCCCGUUUACAUUGUUUCGUAUCUAGGGUGAGGAAUAACCGCUAGAGUAUCCCUCCUCGUGAUAACGGCGCAAAUAGUAAAAACAUUAAUAGUAUCUUGGGUGACGUGUCUGGCCAGCUUGCCUGCCCUGCGCGGGGCCGUCAGAUAAUAAUAUGCGAAUUGCCCUGCGCGGUGUCCUGGUGACCCAUGGGUCACAUUGGGGCUUUAUUGUGCGAAGGCAGCGGGCAAUUCCAUGCACCAAGCAAAUGCACAUCCAUACACCAUCAUGUUAAUUGUGUACGAUGCAUGUUACUGGUAUAUUAAGAAUACACUUGUGGGGAGGAGAGACAAGAGGGCAACAUGGGUAAAACGGCAUAG